UAGUAGCUGGGUUUCAUGCUUACAGGUUGUAAAUUUACUUUGCUAUUCAAAUUCUUAUUGACAUUCUAUGGUCACUGUAAAUGUGCAUUUGUGAUAUGUGUUUAUUUUAUUAGAAAUAUGGCUAUACCAGUUUAUGAAACACUAGUCCCACGUAUUGACCGUAACGUUAUUUGGUUGGAACAAACUCAAGAACUAUCUGGAGUUAUUCGGGAAACUAGGAAAGUUGCCCUUCUCAUCCUUAUCGUACUGAUCUUCCUUCUACUUCUUAUUACUGUGGACAUUGUGAUCAGUCGUUUAUGGUAGAGGGCUUCGAUAAAACCUAGUUUAACGAAUUGUCUAACUGGUUGCAGGUUAUAAUGGUAGUUGUGUAAUUGACAGGUUAAAUGCAUCGGAUCAUGAAAAGGUUACCAUGCGUUUUAGAUUACGUAAGUUACCACUCUACUGAGUUUAUCAAAUCUAUGUUAAACGUUUAUUUGAUCCAAAUUCAAGAUUAAAACAUGAACAAUGAAAAAAUAGUGUAUGUAAACAUACGAUAAACAUGUUAAUACGUAUUAAUAGUACUAUGCCUCAUGUUUAAAUGUAUAAAUGUGUAGUACCACUGAAAAACCGGCUAUUUUCUUACAUUCAACUGAUACUGUAUGACAUUUGAUUAAAAAUGUAGCUUUAUGUACUAUUUUGGAAAUAUUAUUUAUAUAUUAAUAAGAGAUCAAUAUACAGCUUGGUUGUGCAUAAUUAUACAAAAAUAUCGUCUGCUUUACAGUCAUUAGAAUAAACGUCUAAACUACACGUAUAGCAAACAAACGAUCUAACAUAUCAAUUACAUUUUCUUCUUUUUUUUUUUUUUUGGAUAAAAUACUUCCUGUAUUCAUGACUUUGACCUAAAAAUAGAUUUACACUUUCAGUGUUUAGUUUUCAUUUCACACAUUACUAUAUAUAGGAUAUGGUAUAAUCGAAAAUAUAUUUUCUUUACAGGUUGUUUGAAAACUGCGUCAUAUUUGUGUAUCAGUUUCAUACAGUUUAAGGUUUAACAAUAUACUGUUUUGUUGUUUUGUUAAUUAUACAUGUAGUUUAAAAGGGUCUUUAAGCUAAAUGGGUUACCGUCUAUAAAUUAAGAAUCUACUUCCUUCCUUACAUACUUAAUUUGUGUAAUACAGCUGAGUUUAACUAAGUAUUCAGAAUAAUUCUGAAUGACGAGUCUUAAAACAAUGGCAUGUAUAUUGAAAUGCUUAAAUGCCUAAAUAGAUUUUGCAUAUCCUGUCCUUAAAAUUUUCUCUAAAUGCUGAGAUAUUCUUUCAGUAGCAAAUGAACUUUACUUCUUUCUAUUUAUUUUUAAAAUCACGAUUUGUUUGACAUUUAUAAGCACUGCUUUAUGAUGAUUUUUAGAUAUUUUACAAUGCAACCGUUUUGGCCUUUACCGCGUUUGCUUGGAGUUUGACCGUUUGUACAUUAAUAUGUUUCAAAAUAUACUGGAAAACAAGCAAAAAAUUUGACAGAAUGCAAGACAUGCAAUUCUCGGUAUAUGGAAGUUCCUUCUACCUACAGAAGCCAAGGUAUUAUUAUAUAUCGUCCCAGCUGACAUCAAGAGUGGAGAACAAGACAAUCGGCGAAAGUAACGAUCAAACAUCAUAUAGACAUGGUACAGAAAGAAUUUUGCUUGGAAACGCCAAAUCACCAUGUGAAUUAGCUGACAUCCAAAGUCAUCUUAAGCCAGACCAUUUCCAAGAAGAUGACGAAAUCAAAAAGCAGGAUGAAAAGCGACAGCAGGAAGGCCUGGAUCUUUAUGAGUAUCUUCGACAAGGCAGCCGCAAAACUCACUGGAAAAGAACAACCUUCCUCAAAAAAAAGCGACGAAGGGGGCAGAAAGCGGAAAUGGGCGGGAACUGUAUGACACCAGUGGAUUCGAACGAUAAGGCAUUCUGUAUCGGAAUCGACUUCUUGGCAUUCCUAUUUACGAACGAACUUGGGGCAUCCGUGGAGCACGGAGGGGCAAUUGGGGUCUUCUUCCACCAUCAAAAGCUGGAAAGUCGCCAUAAGUGCGACGAUAAUCAACACACAUUUUAACUUUAUUGGUAGAUAGUUUCAUCUUCGGCAAAUUUAAAAGCUGGGGACGAGAUAUCGGUCAAGGUCAGUAAUAAAGCAUAUCUAUAAACACUUUGGCUAAAUCUGAUAUGAUAACGCAUUGGCAAGGUACUUUCCAAGGCUGCGUAAUUUUAGUUGAUUUCUAGUUUUAGCCUGUCCAUUUAAACCAUAUCUCAACGAACAAGUAAAAUUCCCAUUAACUUUAUUGGCAUAAGAUUCAAUUCAAUAUAUUCAUAUCCCAAAGAACAACUCGAUUUGACCAAACGCAAGAAAGGUUGUGCUACGAAUUUAAAAUUGAUCUUGCAGUAAUAUUUGUUAUGUGGCAUAUAAAAGGCUAAUGGUUACUUCCCGUUAAGAGUUUAGAGACAUUCUUUGCAAUAAAUCUAUGUUGACUGCAACAAAGUCAAUACAACAUUAUGGGUAAGUGUGAGGCAAGAUACUUGUUUUAAACCCCGAGUUGGCAUUAAAAAGAAAGAUGGACACUUGACCUAAUCAAACAACUGACCGUGCCAAGGUGUUAAUCCUAAAUUAGUUGUCGUAUUUUUUUUAAUUGUGGAAAAUAUUAGAAAAAACAAACAUAAAGAGUUAAAAGAUGCCUUGUAUUAGCUUGUUAGAAUAUUAAAAGUAGUGAAUAAAAUAAGGCUGCGAGCGUUAUUUGGCCCCACCUGACCCCUUCCCCCUCUUUUAAAAAAUUCAACACCGGCCAAUUCAAAUUUAAAAAAUCCAAAACCAACCAGUCUUUAAGAGAAACAGAGUUUCUAUCUUUGAUGGACGUAAGGUUGAAGGGAUAAAAUGAAAACCAAGGUCCACUCAAAUCAAAAACAACAAUUAAACAGAAAAAAAGGAAGAAAAUGUCCUUAUUAAUUAAAAUAAUUUAUAAUUGUUUGUUCAUUUACUCUUUGAUUGUUAACUUUUAGUAUUUUAUAUAGUAUAUCAUACAACGGUACUUUGUUUUGUAACAUUUUUAUGAGAAAUAAACAAUAGUAACCACAGAG